CCCUUGAAAGUCGGCUAAAGCUCUGGAGGUGUCGUAUAAAAACGAAAACAACAUUCUCCCAAAGACUUUCUUCGGCGGAUAUACAAGAAGUGUUACGGCAUGUGCAGACUGUGAAACAAGGUGUAAUGGUGAUGGUGAUUAGUUGAAACAAUUUAACCGUGCGCUCUGAUCGUGUUUACCGUUCGACUUGCUAUUUGGAUUACAGAUAUCAUGAUUCCGCGGGAAACUCGACGGGCGGUCUUGACCGGUCUGAUCGUCGUGUUGAUAGCCGAGACGAAGUCUCAAGCCGACAAAUCGUAUGAGGAAAGCGACUGGAUCCCCGUGACGCCCGCCGUCCCCAGAGGUAACCCCGAGAAAAAAGCUAGCGACCGGGUCCUGAGCCUCGACGCGCCUGCCCAAAGAUUCGUCACCAACGAAGAUUACGCCAACGUAAAGCGGCCGCAGCCUCCGCUGCCGCGUCAAGAGCAACAGUUCGCGCCGUACAAGAAAGCGGCGGACGGCGCGAGGCCGAGGAAAAUCAAAUAUCAACCCGAAUACAGGUUCGAAACGCCGCCGCCACCUCCGGUGAAAGACCAGCCGCAAAUAAAUUACUACAACACGGAAGCCGUGAAGCCCUACCUAAUCGAACAACCUCCUCCGUCCAUUAGAGAGCAGCCCGAGAUUAAUUAUUACAACAACAAACCCCACGCCUCUGGGUAUUUCGUAGAUCCAGCACCGCAGCAACCAAAUUAUUACUUAAGCAACCAGCAGCAAAGCGGUCGUUACGUACCUGUGCCGAGCGUUAAACCCCAAGCCCCGGCCGUCGACGCUCCCAGCCUUUACGACCAGUACAAUUUGCCGUUCAACAGCAGCUUUUACCAUUCGUUAAACCCCACUUCUAUCAACGACGAGCUUUACCGAGCCAUAAAUGGUUCCCUACCGAAACCACAAGAACCUGUCGACGUUCUUUACAUACCAGCGGAUAAGCCUGCCUCUCGAGACGCGAUAACAUCCGGACAACAUCCUUACUACAACGCCCCUCAGCAAUCUCGUCCAUCUUUCCCCGAUAAAGGGGAGAGACUGGCGCAGAUCCAACAAGACUUCACCCGGCAGGCUUUGCAAGCGCACAGGCUCCAGCAGCAGCUCGACCAAGGACGAGUCCCGUUGGAAAUCGUGACCACUACGACCACCCCGAAACCGAAGAAGCGGAAACCGCAUCAGCCUCCGCUAGCGGUGUUCAUGGAGUCCGCACAGCAGCGGGGCGACGUAUCGGAAGUCCUGGAAGUUCUGAAACGAGCCAAAUCGAUCGCCGUGCAAGACACGAUAUCGAAGAACUCCCCGAAGAUAUUCAUCGGCCCGUCGAACCUCGACGGCCACGACGGCUACCUGAAGUUCCCGCUCCCUUAUCUGAACAACGUGGACGGAAACAGGGUCGAGAAAAAAAUCGAUCAGCUGCCGUUCUUUGUAGCGCCGUUAAGUUACAAAACUCCCCAGGGGUAUUCGAAGAUACCUCUACCUUCUCCCCACGUCGGUUCGGUGGUGGUGUCGACGGCGGAGAAGCCGACCACUCCCGGGCCGUUCAACCAAAACUAUAAUUCGAACUUGUACGCACCGAAACCCCCGGAUUACGGCGGAUACGCCAAUUUGCAACAAAACGCAGGAAAUGGUGGGGUUUCGUACCAAACCACAACGCCGAAUAGUUUCAAAGAAGGGUCCCCCAAUAUAAAUUACAACGUCCCGUACCAAAGUACUACGACCGAAAGGCCCGUAAAUUCUUACAACGUCCGACAACCUGAAGUUUAUAAUUUGCAAACGGACACGUUCGAGCAGGGCACCGGAUCGACUGCAAGUCCUGCGAUCGAAUUUAAUCGCGAAAUUUUCAAUAACCAAAACUACGAAAGUCAAACGGUCAAACCUUAUAAACUACCGGACAUUUUAUCCCGGGUCGUCGUGCAAAACCCCGAGCAGGAGCAAAAAAGACAAGGUCUGCCCGAAAUAAAUCCCCUGGAGUUGGCCAUCACCGAAUUCGAACUGGAUCAAAUCAACAACCAAUACGCGGAACCUAAUAAGAAACUGGUGAAACAUGCGAACGCAAAAGGCCAGACCAGUUUCGAGUACGACAAUAUUCGGACUAGCACGUCGGUGCCGAUCCCUAGGGGUAGGGUGCACUACGAAAACCAGCAGACCACGGAAAGACCGCAAUCUACCAGACGUAGAGGCAGAACGCGACCUCCUUCUCGAACGACUACGACUCCUACUCGAUCGACCGAGGUUCCGGACAAGGAACGGUAUACCGUAUUGGAGGAAUUCGUCGCUACCCAACCAGUAGACAAUACUUACCAACCUGUCCAGUUGGACUCUUCGAGAAGGUCGUCGACCCCCGUUCCCGAAUACGCUACUUAUUCACAGUAUUUGCCUCAAAACGCAAACCCGCUGCAACCUGAGGUACCCAGAAGGACAUCGACGACAGAGAGUCAGGCUAGGUACCUGGUGGAACAAGACGAACCGUACGGAAGACCCUACGCCGAGGCAGAGAGAACUCAAUCUAAUAAUCAAUAUGUAUUAGAAACAAAUACAAAACCUUAUUCCGAGUCCCCAAGAAGAAACCCUCAGGAAAGUUUAGAAAUUCAAAACGGGACGACGGACUUUAACAACUACGAAAGCAGAUUCGAGAACUACAACAACAACAAGCAACCCGAGAACGAGAACCAGCCGUCAUAUGACCCCGAUCUAAACAACAAACAGUUCACGCAGGAGAUUUCGAGCUUGAGCGGGAGCGGCGUAGACCAAUUCCAACCGGAACUACAGAACGUAUAUCAGACUCAAUCGCAAGCUAACGAGGACGUAUCGCCGGGAAAAUACGUAGAGCAGCCGAGCGCGCAAGAAGAGGUCAUCAGAGAUAACUCCGAGAGGUUGAACGCUCCGGACUACGAAGACCAUUUCAUCAAUCCCUUCGAAGAUCAGGCGGUGCGUUCGCUUCUAGCUUCCAAUUUGCUAGUGCCUUCCACACACCAACAGAGUCAAACGACCCCCACCGAAGUAGAGGUGGAAACACCAGCGACAAGCGAAAGCCCGAGAUCUACGACCACGCCUCGAUCAAGGGGACGGCAACGUGGAAGGCAGCCUUCAACUUCCUCGCCCCGAAGAAACGUCAGUAGACGAAGACCUUCGAGACCUUCGGCGACCGAGAGGGUCGAUUCAGGGUCGGAUUACUCGUCCGGGGAGUCCGUAGAGACCGCGAAGUUGUCGAAACCCCGAUUUAGGACGAGAGGUCGGCCCCUUCAAAACGCCAUCGCGGAAAGCAGCUCCACGACCGAGAACGAGUUGAGUUCGGUCAAACAGCCCACGCUAGAAGGCGGCUUCGAGGCUUCCUUCAAUAAGGACCCCGAAUCCUACAUGCGGUUUACGCACGUCGUGGAAGAUCAACAGAUCAUCACUGCACCGCCACGGGAGGAAGAAGGAGUUAAAGAAUAUCACCAAGUGUACAGCCUGCAGUCACCCAGUUCGACCGAUGGGCCAUCAGUUGUUGAUAUGGAGAUCAGGCAUCCGAGUGUCGAGGAAAAGCAAAGAAGCUCGGAUAUAAUAACCGCGGCGGAUGAAGACGAGCAAUACGUGCAUUACAACGCCAACAUCAGGGCUGGGGGCAUCUUGAAUAACAACAAGAACGAAGAAACUACUCGGCAAGCUCCGAGAACCAGAGGAAGAACUCGAGGCAGGUCCAGGUUCGCGUCGAGUACUACUGCAAGACCUGCGACAAGAACCGUCAGUUCCACGUACCGGACGACCACGCAGGCCCGAGAAGAAGCCGAAUUCUUCGGGUUCAUCAAAACGCCUAACUUCGGGGCGCAGAGACCUGCGGAAGCAACGGCAAGGAAUGAAGAAAGCACGGUUCAGUUCGUAGGGGAAAUCAGGCCCAAAUAUCGAGACAACCAAGAAGUGCCGAGGACCAGGACGAGAGGAAGGACCAGGCCGCCAACAACCAAUGUUUACAACCAACGGCAAUCGGACAACGAGGUGAACGGUUCCAGAAACACGGAACAAAUAACAAGAAGGACGGAAGUUAGGACUCGCGGAAGAGGUUCGACGCACUAUCGCAAUCCGGAGAACGUGAAAAGGGAAAGCGACGAGGACGCGGAGAACGGGAACUACCCGGAAAAGUUCCUGCAACGGCUGGAAAUUGCGAGACCUACGUCACACUUAACACAAUCUGACGAUGAUCAGUCCCCACACGCGUCGAUACACACACCUAAAAUCCUGCCGAAACCUGAAGGAUGGAACCAAAUUGAGUCCCAGGAGAAAACGAGAGUUUGGCAGAGUCCCGCCACGGAAGCGGCGGUGGCGGAAGAAAAUAGUGAGGAAUCUGUGAAGAAGCACGCGGAAAUCGAAGACCUCGUCAAGUUGGAUAGAAUCACUACGUCUGCGGAGGAGACUGUCGAAACAUCAACUACGAGAAAACCGGGUAGAAAGAGAGGAGUUUGGAAAGUAAUCAGACACAGGGUCGCCGAUCCGCUGGAAACGGCAGAGUCGCAAAACUACCAGUCGGUAUUGAACGCUUUCGAGUCUAUUCAGAAGAUCGAACCCAAACCGGAAGCUACAAGCGAGCGAAACGAAGAAGAAGAUAAGGUGUCGGCGGCUACGUCCACGGAGUCCUUUUUCGAUGCGAUUUACGAAAUGUUCGACGUCUUUAAGGAUCAAAGCAGAAACGAAUCGACCGUGACGUCGAAGUCCACUGACGAACCGGUAGUCGUUGCGACCACUACGUCGGUGGAUCCGACUUUUCCGGAGGAAAUCACCGAAGAUUCGGUAACGUCGACCACUCAAACGGAGCCGGACGUAGCGGAAACGACGACCGACGUCCUCGAGGAUCUACGCGACGGUACCGAGCUGUCUUCGAGUACGAUACCAGAGAAAUUCGAAGUGGAACCAUGGGAAAUGAAGGCGGUGAAGACUUCCACUUCUACGGAAGUUUCUCACGAAACGGAAAUCUGUUACAAGGGUCGUUGCGUAAAGUCGAAGGGUAGGAAAGGGUAUAAACAUGGUAUAGUUAAAUAGGUUUAUUGUAAAGGGUUCUCGAAUAAAGUGUACAUACAGAACGAAUGCGGAGUGUGAGAUGCGAAUGGCACGAAGAUGUAGUCAGGAACGAUGACGCGAAACUAUUUUCAGCGUUGUUAUAGUUUUAUUUAUAAAUUUACUCCUCUGACAUAGAUUUACUUCCGUUUUUUUUUAUUUAUUAUUCCUCUGAAAUUAAAUAAAACGUAAUGCAAA